AAGAACAACAUUUGAAUGAUUUAUAUUUUCUUUCUUUCCAGCUUGUUUACCGCAAACUCUUUUGAUUUCAUCGACGAGGACGCUUUUCAGGGUCUACCACAUCUCGAGUACUUGUUUAUUGAAAACAACAAGAUUGAGGCCAUCUCCCCCAACGCUUUCCGAGGUCUGAAAACCCUGAUCCAUCUGAGUUUGGCCUACAACAACCUGGAGACGCUGCCCAAGGAUGUGUUUAAAGGAAUGGACGCCUUGUCUAAAGUGGAUCUCCGUGGCAACAACCUGGUGUGCGACUGUAAGCUGAAGUGGCUGGUGGAGUGGAUGUUGCACACCAACGCCACCAUGGACCAGAUCUCGUGCAGCGGACCCUCCAGCCACCAAGACCAGAAGAUCAACGACCUCGCGGCCGCCUCCUUCGACUGCAUCAAAGCAGAGUUUGCCGCCUACCAGGCGCUGAAGUUCGAGUCGAUCUCGGUGGAGGCGUUCUCCUUCGGCGGGGAGCAGUUUGUGGUGUUCGCUCAGCCUUUCGCCGGGACGUGCAGCUUCCUGGAGUGGGACCACGUGGAGAUGAACUUCAGGAUCUACGACACCAUCGAAGGUACCUCCAUCGUGGUGUGCAAGCCCAUGGUGAUCGACGGCGCUCUCUUUGUCGUCGUGGCGCAGCUUUUCGGCGGCUCUCACAUCUACAAGCGCGACACGUCAGCCAACCGCUUCAUCAAGAUCCAGGACAUCGACAUCCUGAAGAUCCGCAAGCCCAACGACGUGGAGGCCUUCAGGGUGGACGGCGAGUUCUUCUUCGUCAUCGCCGACAGCUCCAAGGCCGGUUCCACCACAGUCUACAAGUGGAACGGCAACGGCUUCUACUCGCACCAGUCACUGCACCCGUGGUACCGCGACACGGACGUGGAGUACGUGGAGAUCUCCAACAAGGCCCACCUCAUCCUGUCCAGCAGCUCCCAGCGGCCCGUGGUGUACCAGUGGAACCGCGGCCACAAGCGCUUCGACCGCCGCACGGACAUCCCCGAGAUGGAGGACGUCUUCUCCGUCAAACACUUCCGCAUCAAAGGUGAGGUCUUUAUCUGCCUGACAAGAUUCAUUGGCGACUCCAAGGUGAUGCGUUGGGACGGCGCCAUGUUCAAAGAGGUCCAGACCUUCCCGUCCCGAGGCUCAAUGGUCUUCCAGCCCGUUGCCGUCGGCAACUGGCAGUACGCCAUCUUGGGCAGUGAUUACUCACUGACGCAGGUCUACCAGUGGGACUCCGUGAGGGGCCAGUUCGUCCACUCGCAGGAGCUGAACAUCCAGGCCCCUCGCGCCUUCGCCACCGUCGCCGUUGACAACCGCCACUUCCUGCUGUCAUCCAGCUUCAAGGGGAAGACCCAGAUUUACCAGCACCUCAUGAUCGAUCUCAGCGACUGAUCGCUAUGAGUUGAUAUGUUUACCGCUGGGGUAAGUGUGUGUAUAAGAUGUUUUGUUCUUAGAUUGAAUGAAAUGUCGAAUGGAUCGUUUGAAUCUCCCUUUCACGGUGAGCGUUUCAGCAAUUCACAUUUUCUAAGCAAAUAUGGUGCAAUUUCUCUUUGGUCUGUAUAACUGCUUUCUGAUUUGGUGACAGCUUAUUUUU